AUGGCGCGGUGGUGGGCAGUGGCAGCGGCGGCAUCGUCGGGGGCGUUCGCGGAUACUGACGUGGGGGCAACAGGGGUUGGGGACCAGCUCAGUUCGAAGGCGCUCACGAAGGAAUCCUACGACGGUUUCGCCGAGGGGUACGAUAACCUGGACGGCGGUUGGGCGGCAUCGGCCAUCGGACUGGAGGAGCUACGAUCACAGUUGCUAGCAGGCGCCACCGGGCGGGUGCUAGAGGUCGGGGUGGGUACGGGACUCAACCUGCGGCAUUACCGGCGUGAUCUCGUCUCUGGCAUCGAGGCGGUGGACCUAAGUCCGGGCAUGCUGAGCCAGGCAUCGUCCAGGAGCGAGUCGCUGGGCAUGGAACGGCUCGUCAAGCUGUCGGUGAUGGACGCCGAGCACCUCGGUUUUCCAUCAGAGGCGUUCGACACGGUCGUGGACACCUUUUCUCUCUGCGUUUUUUCAGACCCGUCGGCUGCUCUGCGAGAGAUGGCGCGGGUUUGCAAGCCGGCGGGACGGGUUCUUCUUCUGGAGAACAGCAAGAGUGACUUCGGUCCUCUGGCCGCGUACCAGGACCUCACGGCCUCGUUUUUGGUCAACAAGGGCGGCGCUAAGGGGUGCUUCUGGAACCAAGACGUGGAGGCGUUGUGCCGGGGGGCAGGGCUGGAGGUUGUGCGCUCGUCGCCAGCCCUUGCCGGGGGGUUGUUUCGCACUCUGGAGUGCGCGCCUGCGAAGGGUAGCUGA